AUAUACGAGCUCGGCUCCGCGCAGCUCAGUCGUCAUACCGCGAUCGCUUUGAUUAUACGUUUCUUUCAUUUGAAGAAUUGUAAACAACAACAACAAAAAGCCAACAAUGACUUUUCUACGCCCAAUUAUAAUCGGGCUCAUAUAUGUAGUGACAGUGCACACAAUAGAACUCCCGCAUCCAUUAUCAGACGAAUUCAUUGAUUUAAUCAACACAAAGCAGACUACAUGGAGAGCCGGCCGCAACUUUCCAGUGAAUACACCGAUGAAACACAUAAAGAAACUAAUGGGGGCGUUAACAGAUGAAAAUUUGAAGAAGUUACCAGUUGUAACGCAUACACAGGAGUUAAUUGAUAGUCUUCCUGAUAAUUUUGAUCCCAGAGAUAAGUGGCCUAAUUGUCCUACAUUAAAUGAAAUCAGAGACCAGGGAUCUUGCGGAAGCUGUUGGGCGUUCGGUGCUGUCGAAGCGAUGACCGAUCGUGUCUGCACAUAUUCUAAUGGAACUAAACAUUUUCAUUUCUCCGCUGAAGAUCUACUCAGCUGUUGCCCCAUAUGCGGCCUUGGCUGCAACGGAGGUAUGCCGACACUCGCCUGGGAGUAUUGGAAGCAUGCUGGUUUAGUAUCUGGUGGAAACUACAACUCUAGUCAAGGCUGCAGGCCCUACGAAAUACCACCAUGUGAACAUCACGUGCCCGGAAAUAGGAUGCCGUGCAAUGGUGAUAUGGCUACUCCUAAAUGCAAGAGGACAUGUGAAGAUGGCUAUAACGUCAAUUACAAGAAAGACAAGAGGUAUGGCAAGCACGUUUUCUCUGUCAAAUCUGAGGAAGAUCAUAUCAGAGCGGAACUAUUUAAAAAUGGUCCAGUGGAAGGGGCGUUCACCGUCUACGCCGAUUUGCUAACAUACAAAGAUGGUGUAUACAAACACACACAAGGAGACGCUCUAGGUGGUCACGCUAUUAAAAUCAUCGGUUGGGGUAUUGAUAAUGGUACCAAAUAUUGGCUGAUAGCAAAUUCGUGGAACAGCGAUUGGGGAAACAACGGCUUCUUUAAAAUUCUACGUGGAGAAAACCAUUGUGGUAUAGAGAGUUCAAUUGUCGCUGGUGAACCUUUGCUGGUCGAGGUUUAGAUGCACAAACUGUAAAUAUUUUACUAUAUAAAUAAGCACCUAAUUUAAACAAUUAUUGUGUACAAUACAUAGUUAUUUUUGUUUAAGGACAAAAUAUACCUAAAUAUAUAUUAAAGCAAAUAAAGUACGCCAC